GAGAGAGAGAGAGAGAGAGAGAGAGAGAGAGAGAGAGAGAGAGAGAGAGAGAGAGAGAGAGAGAAGGCGCAGCGGCAGCCGCGGCCGGCGCCUGCGAAUUUGGGAUCCGACUGGGAGGGACCGCUUCCUCGGGGGAAAUGGAUUCUGUACCACGGCUGACCAGCGUUCUCACUUUGCUGCUCUCCGGCUUGUGGCAUGUAGGAUUCACGGCGACAAAUUACAAUUGUGAUGACCCAUUAGCAUCCCUGCUCUCUCCAAUGGCUUUUUCCAGUUCUUCAGACCUCGCUGGUACUCACAGCCCAGCUCAACUCAACCGAAGAGUUGGAACUGGUGGUUGGUCCCCAGCAGAUUCCAAUGCUCAACAGUGGCUCCAGAUGGACCUGGGAAACAGAGUGGAGAUUACAGCAGUGGCCACGCAGGGCAGAUAUGGAAGCUCUGACUGGGUGACGAGUUACAGCCUGAUGUUCAGUGACACAGGACGCAACUGGAAACAGUACAAGCAAGAAGACAGCAUCUGGACCUUUGCAGGAAACAUGAAUGCUGACAGCGUGAUGCACCAUAAGUUACUGCACUCAGUGAGAGCCCGCUUCAUUCGCUUUGUGCCCCUGGAAUGGAAUCCAAGUGGAAAGAUUGGCAUGAGGGUGGAGGUCUACGGAUGCUCCUAUAAGUCAGAUGUCGCUGACUUUGAUGGCCGAAGCUCCCUUCUCUACAGGUUCAAUCAGAAGCUGAUGAGCACUCUCAAAGAUGUGAUCUCUCUGAAAUUCAAGAGCAUGCAAGGAGAUGGGGUCCUGUUCCAUGGAGAAGGUCAACGUGGAGACCACAUCACUCUGGAGCUCCAGAAGGGGAGGCUCGCCCUACACCUCAACUUGGAUGACAGCAAACCUCGGCUCAGCAGCAGCCCACCCUCAGCCACCCUGGGCAGUCUGCUGGAUGACCAGCACUGGCACUCGGUCCUUAUCGAGCGGGUUGGCAAGCAGGUGAACUUCACGGUGGACAAGCACACGCAGCAUUUCCGCACCAAGGGUGAGGCUGAUGCCCUAGACAUCGACUAUGAGCUUAGUUUUGGAGGAAUUCCAGUACCAGGAAAACCUGGAACCUUUUUAAAGAAAAACUUCCAUGGAUGUAUUGAAAACCUUUACUACAAUGGAGUAAACAUAAUUGACCUGGCUAAAAGACGAAAGCAUCAGAUCUACACGGUGGGCAAUGUCACUUUUUCCUGCUCCGAACCACAAAUUGUUCCCAUCACAUUUGUCAACUCCAGCAGCAGUUAUUUGCUGCUGCCCGGCACCCCCCAAAUUGAUGGGCUCUCAGUGAGUUUCCAGUUUCGAACAUGGAACAAGGAUGGUCUGCUUCUGUCCACAGAGCUGUCUGAGGGCUCGGGAACCCUGCUGCUGAGCCUGGAGGGUGGAACCGUGAGACUCGUGAUUCAGAAAAUGACAGAACGCACAGCUGAGAUCCUCACAGGCAGCAGCUUGAAUGAUGGCUUGUGGCAUUCAGUCAGCAUCACCGCCAGAAGGGACCGCAUCACUCUUACUCUGGAUAAUGAUGCAGCAUCCCCGGCCCAGGACACCACUCGCGUACAGAUUUAUUCUGGAAAUAGCUACUACUUUGGAGGGUGCCCCGACAAUCUCACCGAUUCCCAAUGUUUAAAUCCCAUUAAGGCUUUCCAAGGCUGCAUGAGGCUCAUCUUUAUUGAUAACCAGUCCAAGGACCUCAUUUCAGUUCAGCAAGGUUCCCUGGGGAAUUUUAGUGAUUUACACAUUGAUCUGUGUAGCAUCAAAGACAGGUGUUUGCCAAACUACUGUGAACAUGGAGGAGGCUGCUCCCAGUCCUGGACUAGCUUCUCCUGUAACUGCAGUAACACAGGUUACAGUGGCGCCACCUGCCAUAACUCCCUCUACGAGCAAUCCUGCGAGGUAUACAGGCACCAAGGGAACACGGCUGGUUUCUUCUACAUCGAUUCCGAUGGCAGCGGGCCGCUGGGACCCCUCCAAGUGUACUGCAACAUCACAGAGGACAAGAUUUGGACAUCAGUGCAGCACAACAACACAGAGCUGACCCGGGUGCGGGGCGCCGACCCAGAGAAGCCCUACACCAUGGCCUUGGAUUAUGGCGGCAGCAUGGAACAGCUGGAAGCCAUGAUUGACAGCUCAGAGCACUGUGAGCAGGAGGUAGCCUACCACUGCAGAAGGUCCCGCCUGCUCAACACGCCAGAUGGAACACCAUUUACCUGGUGGAUUGGGCGGUCUAAUGAAAGGCACCCUUACUGGGGAGGUGCCCCUCCCGGGGUCCAGCAGUGUGAAUGUGGCCUGGAUGAGAGUUGCCUGGACAUUCGACACUUCUGCAAUUGCGAUGCUGACAAGGAUGAAUGGACAAAUGAUACUGGCUUUCUUUCCUUCAAAGACCACUUGCCUGUCACUCAGAUAGUUAUCACUGAUACCAACAGAUCAAACUCAGAAGCUGCUUGGAGAAUUGGUCCCUUGCGUUGCUAUGGUGACCGGCACUUCUGGAAUGCAGUAUCAUUUUACACAGAAGCCUCUUACCUCCACUUUCCCACCUUCCAUGCGGAGUUCAGUGCUGAUAUUUCCUUCUUUUUCAAAACCACGGCUUUAUCGGGAGUUUUCCUAGAAAACCUUGGCAUUAAAGACUUCAUCCGACUUGAAAUAAGCUCUCCGUCUGAGAUCACUUUUGCCAUUGACGUUGGGAAUGGCCCUGUAGAGCUCAUAGUUCACUCUCCUUCUCUUCUGAAUGACAACCAAUGGCAUUACGUCCGGGCUGAAAGGAACCUCAAGGAGACUUCACUCCAGGUGGACAGCCUCCCAAGGAUGACCAGGGAGACUUCGGAGGAGGGCCACUUCCGAUUGCAGCUGAACAGCCAGCUCUUUGUAGGGGGAACAUCAUCAAGACAGAAAGGCUUCCUAGGAUGCAUACGCUCAUUACACUUGAAUGGGCAGAAGUUGGACCUGGAGGAGAGGGCCAAGGUCACGUCUGGAGUCCGGCCGGGAUGCCCGGGCCAUUGUAGCACUUAUGGUGGCAUCUGCCACAACGGGGGCAAGUGCGUGGAGAAGUACAGUGGGUACUCAUGCGAUUGCACCAACUCACCAUAUGAAGGGCCCUUUUGCAAAAAAGAGGUUUCUGCUGUUUUUGAGGCUGGCGCUUCAGUUACUUAUAUGUUUCAAGAACCCUACCCGGUGACCAAAAAUAUAAGCCUCUCAUCCUCGGCGAUUUACACAGAUGCAGCUCCAUCCAAGGAAAAUAUUGCCUUUAGCUUUGUGACAGCUCAGGCGCCCAGCCUCUUGCUCUACAUCAAUUCAUCUUCUCAGGAUUCCCUGGCCGUCCUGCUCUGCAGGAAUGGAAGCUUACAGGUUCGCUAUCAGCUAAGCAAGGAAGAGACCCAUGUUUUCAAUAUGGAUGCAGAGAAUUUUGCCAACCGAAGGUUGCACCACUUGAAGAUUAACCGGGAGGGAAGAGAGCUUGCCAUUCAGGUAGAUCAGCACCUGCGACUCAGUUACAACUUUUCCCCAGAAGUUGAAUUCAGGGCCAUACGGUCACUCACCUUGGGCAAAGUCACAGAGCAUCUUGGAUUGGAUUCUGAAGUCGCCAAAGCAAACAUCAUGGGUUUUGUCGGAUGCCUGUCUUCAGUCCAAUACAACCAGGUAGCACCCCUGAAGGCAGCCCUGCGUCAUGCCACUAUCGCACCUGUGACUGUCCAAGGGACCCUGACAGAAUCCAGCUGUGGCUCUGUGGUGGAUGUGGAUGUGAAUGCAGUGACCACAGUGGACUCUUCAUCAGAUCCCUUUGGGAAGACAGAUGAGCGGGAACCGCUCACCAAUGCAGUUCGAAGUGACUCAGCCAUCAUUGGAGGAGUGAUAGCAGUGGUGAUAUUCAUCAUCUUCUCUAUCAUCGGCAUCAUGACCCGCUUCCUUUACCAGCAUAAGCAGUCACACCGCACUAACCAGAUGAAGGAGAAGGAAUACCCAGAAAAUUUGGACAGCUCCUUUAGAAAUGACAUUGACUUGCAAAACACAGUGAGCGAGUGUAAGCGGGAAUAUUUCAUCUGAGAAACUGCAGGGUCACCUAAUAUUCUUUGGGUUGUUGUUAAAUUUUUUCUCCUUUCUCCUAUCUUUUCAUUUUGGUCAUCCUCCUUUUCUCAUUUGUUUGCCAAUUAUGUUUGGCACACCCCUGUAUCAACCACAGCAUCUAUCCUCUUGACCCAGCCCAGAAGACCAGGCAGCUAUGUCCACUGCCUUCCUUUCCGACAGAGUUAUGGUGGUGAUAUGAUAGUGACCACUCAACAGACUGACUUUACUCUAGACAAAGAAGAGACACAUGGGUGUACAUGUGCAUAUUUAGUUCUAUACUUCCAGUUUCUAAGUAAGAUGCACUCUUUAGUUUCACAGCCGUCCAGUCUUGCAUUAAACCUCAGGCUUAUGUUGAACCUGAGCUCUGUGACUUAGGCAUAUGACAGUCACCCUUGACAUCCUCCCCCAUCUCAAGUUCAUUCCUACCAAGGAACUCAGGGUAGAGAAAGAAGAUGCUAAAAGCCUGGUUUGCUUCAGUGGCACUUUCAAAGGAUUAAGAGAGGUUUGUUUUGUGUUGCUUUUCCUUACCACAGGACGCCCAUUGCCCUAACCCAUCACCCUUUUUCACUUUGACUCUUCUCCCCUGAGUAUUUCAAAUAUAAAAUUCCUUAUAGUAGUGAGCCAUUCCUUUGCUCCUUUCAUGCCACUCUCUCCUGGGGCCGACACUUUAGAACUGCACACAAUAGCAUAAACCUAGGGGAAGCAUGGAAAAUAGUAUCUUGAAACUAGGAGGUAAAAAGGAAAGCUGCUAGGAAGUAGAUGUUCUAUAACUUCAAAAAUGCCUCUUCCAAUUUUGUAAGAAAUGUUAGCUAGGUUAUUCCUGGGAUUAUUAUACUAAGGUAUAUAUAUAUAUAUAUAUAUAUAUAUAUAUAUAUAUAUAUAAAUAUAUAUAUAAGUUGCUGCAACAUAAAGAAAUUCAAAUAAAGGUCUAAAAUAGUACCUGGUUCCAUGAAGAGCUUUAAAAAUAAAAAUGAAAACAAAAAAUUUUAAAAAAACCAAAAAUGCACGAAAGAAAAGAAAUAUCAAGCAGGAUUCUUCCCUUCUAUCUAUUCACCAACGAUCUAGUGACUAAAGUGAAUGAAUGCAGGUGUCAUGUUUUCUAGCAGACACAAUGACCCACCUCUGUCCAUAGAGACAUUCUCUGGGAGGUUCAGGGCGUGCUGACUGGGGCAUUAUGGUUUCCCUGUUGAACCCUCACUGCUUAGUUUGAGAGGCCCUUUUAGGUUCUACAGUGAAUCACAUUUUAAAGUCAUCUAUAUUCCAUGUAUAUAAAGGCCCCCACACACAUCUUUUUGCAGGCAUAGACUCUCACAUGAGGUGAUGUGAAGUUUCAGGGUAUCUGUCCCUCCCGAAAACAAAGCAUCGAAGAAACAUAGUUAUUCCUUCAAGAAGGCAUCCCUAGCUCAUCCACGAGGUGGUAGUAAGAAUCCUAACGAUUUUACUGUGGCGAUGGGUCUCACUCUGCCUCUGGGCCAUCUUGGAGAAAAAGAGAAGGGGAAAACAAUAUAAAGUCUCCGGUAUGCUGAAAAUACCAAUAUAAUGAUCCACAAAUGUGGAAAGUCCUUGCUGAUUCUCUUUAUGAGACAGAUUCGGUUUGGGAAACAAUUACCAUGUUGCAGUUUGCCAGCCUCAACAGUGAGCAGACAUUCCAUUUUCUUCUUAGUGUGUCUAUCUCCCCUGGCGUGGCCAGGCUCACGAUGAAGAACUCAUUAGCUCCGUCUCAUCUCAAAUCCGUUUCAGGCUUUCCUUUCAGGGUCUGAGCACGUGGGCAAGGAUCAGCUUGUAAUCAUAUUUAUCAACUUGAAGAUGUUGUUCUAAAUAUACAUUCUCUUCUUAAAACUAUCUGCAGAUUCUUAAUCACUUCAUCAUGGUAUCAUUUUGCUAGUAAAUGUAUUUAAAGGAUUCCAAUGCUGGCAUCUUUGUUUUUUUUUUUGUUUGUUUGUUUUUUAUUGUUGUUUUUUUUUCUUCUAGCAUUUUUAAUAAGAUGAAUGAAUCAUCAAUAAGAGGAAAGAUCAUUAAAUAUUAUUUUCUCCUGCCCCUUCCACCCCUGUUUCCAAUGUUCACUUUUGAAUUGUUGAUUUCCAUAAAAAAGGCUGUAUAAAUCAGCCUCUUGCUGAUUUGGACUACGGGGACAUAGUCCUUUCUCCCCUCAAAUAAAAGUCACCACGAAGCACAGUAGGUUUAGCCUGAAGCAUCUCCAAUAAUGAAAUGGAAAGGCAAAGGAAGGUGUGAGGAAUAAAACUGGAACCCCUCAUUAUUCAAGUCUCUGAGAAGCAAGGACUAUAUUUUGCUGGCAUAGCGCUGACAGAAGAAACGGAGAACUAGCAAAGGCCAACUCCGAGUAUUUGCUUUCCUCAUCCACUUAUAAAUGCUUGUAGGUAGUUCUAUAGGGUGAAGAUUCCAUGAAGCUCUCUUCUUGCCCCUCCCACACUGCAGAAUCCACCAGCAUGCCUCCCCACACACGUAGACUGUCUAUACAUACGCGCUCCGUAUCACAGGCCGAGAAACCAAUGCCAAGACCGUGCAAUCAGCACAUCACUCUUGUAAGUAAAGUCUCAGGGCUAAACCAGAAUUAUUUUUACAGGGUUGGAUUGUUUCGUAACCCCAGAGAACACUGACUUUCACUAGAUGUAUAUGGAAACAAGCAAGCAGCUCCCUCCAAAGCAAAACACAAUUUUCACUUAGAAAUAAGUGCUAACUCUGCCUGUCUUUCCUCAGUGGUACCAAACCCAGGUAGUUUUGUGCAACUGUUGAAUCGCGUGAGUGUUCUGACCUUUGAGCGAUUAUAAUCUAAAACAAAUCGUCAUUGAAAGCACUCUGCCCCCUCCUUAACCCCUGUUUUCUGCUUCGGUAGUCAGGUUUCCUGACUGCAUGCUCUGAGAGCUGGACCACCAUAAUCCCCCACUGUAACCCUCGGUCCUUGAUAGCUGUGGAUUACAAAAAUAUUUCAUGGAAUGUGGUCGCUUUAUAGCACAACCGAAAGCACCUGUGCAAUUUCACAUUCUAAGGGGGAUACUUAAUUGAUAUAAUUUCUACCAAGCAAACCUAUUUACAUAAGCAACAGUAUGUAUGCUUACCCUAAAAAAUACUUCACAGCCACUGCAACAUUCACUGGGUGUAUAGGUUAGACUGCCAUGGUCUCUAUGAGAAUUCACCUAGAGAAAUAGACAUUUGUCGCUUCUCUGGAUAAGGGUUUAUGGAUAACUUAGCCUCUUCUGUUCAGUCUCAGCUGCAUAUGGGAGAUUUAUUUUAAGGAUCCGGGACUGAUUUUUUCAAACAGUUUCUGUUCCCUCUUGUAAUCACAGACAUGGCACUAAACCUGACUUCUACCUUUUGUUAGCUCCAUGACCAUUGCAGGGUAACAGGAGCAGGAUCAGAACAAAAGAAAUAGAUUGUUCCCUUUCCUUAUUCAUCAUGAAGUACAUACUGAAUGCCCAGUACCCCAAGGGUUUAACUAGACAUUGGCUGCACAAAUAUAAAUUAUACCUUGUUCUUGCCCUUAGAGGAGCUCCAAGUCUAUCGGGGCAAGAACAAGGUAUAAUUGUUGUAAAAGGGCUAGGCAGAGAGUGUUAUGGGAUACAGAGCAGAGGUCCUGCAUGAUUAUUUUUGCAAAGCCUUGGCUAGGGACUGAAGCAGAUAAUUUUCUGGAAAAUGUUCAUAAUUUUUCUUGUAUAUUCCACUUUCAAUAUGCCGUCGUUUUUCUCUUCCUCGAACCAAAUAUCUGUCUAUGCAGAUAUAUUUCUGUAGAGGGAAAUGGACUAACUCUUUAGGAACGGCAAGAAAAGAUGGUCCUUGUCUCUAAAGUACUUUGGGGAAGGCCUGAUUCUUUCCAUUCUUGCUUCUUUUCUGGUUGAGGGAUUCUGAAGCCCCUUCUCAUCAGUCAGACCUAAGCGAUGGCUUGGGGGCCCUCUGUGGGGGAGGGACAGCAACCUCCACUUCCACUCCCCUCCUCCUCUCGUAUCAAUUCCUUCAAGGUCAUGUGGUUAUAACCAUUUGCUCUUCCAAAUGCCCCUUAACGUGUCUGCUGUCCUCUUGCCCCUCCUAAAACCCUUCUUUGUCCCCACGAACCAUUUGACUCUACUUAGAAACGUCUCUGAGAACGAGAUGAAGUAGCUUCGAGUAAAUAACUGACUAAAAAUUGUUGUCCAUCUAAGUGAGGUCUCACUUCUGUGCCCCGGGUGAGUUUUUUUCCAAUCCUGAAAGUCACACCUGUCUCUUCUCUGCAGGAAGCUCAUUCACUUAGAGGAGCCGCACCGGGAGGCUACGAACAGUGUCUCCUCCAAGAUAUUCAGGGAAAUAGGAAUCAGGCUGUUGAAAUCUUUCUUACAAAAAGCCUUGACAGUUUGUCCACCAACUUGCCCUGGCUUCCUUUGAAUUCCCCCACAGCUGCAAUCCAUCAAGUCCACAUUGCAACCCCGGCCUGCCAAGAGGAAUUUGAGACAGUGUGUAGCUCUCCUCUUCAUUUUUCCUUAGCCUAAAGGCUUUGGCAUACUUAGGCUCCUGUUGUCCUACGGGUCACAAGCGGACCAAAGGAAUAAAGAGGUUUCCUUGUUCCCGCAGAUGCAAAAAUGGUUCGUGGGAAAAGGCAAAAGCAAACCCCACACUUUCAGAAAACAUGGAAGCUGAGUGCUACUUCAUGUCUGUCAUGCAGUUGGAAAAUGUUUUCUUUAAAAGACACACAGUGUAAUUGAAUUACUUCCACACACUGUUCUUGGUUCUUUUCUCCGCCCUUCCUCCCAUGCUCCCACCCCCACUGUUGUUGAGCCCAUCCAGUUUGCAGAUUUGGGUCCCUGGUGUGCAUCGUUGCUUCCACAAAUCCCAAACAGUUAAACCUCUUAAAGGGGGAAAAAGCAGCGUAAGCAGACACAUACACAAAGAUUUUGUAAAUAGGGCUGAUAGUCAGACUUUCUCCAGGACAUCCUACAUACACGGCUCAUCAGUAGGGAUAGACACAUCUCCUCUUGAGUUGACGGUUGUUUGAAACCUUCAUAUAAGGUUUUGAUACUGAACUCUUGCUAUUUUUGAGUGAUUUUCUCUUAUUUUGCACUAUAGAGCUCUGAGAAAGAACAGAAAAGCACAUUUUAGUUUUUUUAGUGAAAUAUUGUACUUUGUCAGCUAGUUGUCUGUCUUUUGUAAUGUUUAUAGACUACAAAGUGGCUGAGUAGACGUGAGCAAGGAUGAAGGCAAAGCUUGGUGUGGGUGUUUCCACCACACCUGCUGAGAACACGUUGAGGAGGAAGGGGGGAUCUGCGGCAACAGUCGGUGGCCAUCUCAGGUGUGGAGGGUCAUUGCUCCCACCAUGGAGCAGGGGCAGCAACUCUUCCCUCUUUCUUGGCUCCUAAAUCAGGAGUCCCUUCAGUGCAUUUGGAUCACUGUCUUACACAUUAGGGAAAGAGGCAAUAUCAUGGGCUUCACAUGACGAAGCCCUUACCAACCUUGGCAUGACAUUUUUUUACCCUUCUCAGCCCUACUCCAACCACGUCUCCCUCCUGUCCCCAAUAUUUUUAUUUCAACAAGAUUUUCAUUGUGUGCUAUCACCACAGUGACCCAACCUGCCCAGGUUGAACACCCAGAUACAAUUUUAAGGGCAAGAAGGUGUCAAAACAACUCUUCGAAUCCACUAUCCCAAAUCAAAAGCCCCAUGGGUGGGAUGCUUGAGGUCCUGAAAUCAGUCUAGUGGUCCUUCUUUCCCCUUCAUUGGUCCUGCCAUCCAUGUGGCAUGCCACAUUAUAAGACGAUGUGAUACUGUCCAUCCCCAACAACAGAUACUGCCAGGGACCCACCAUCUAACACUAUUUAGGAACACUGGUUUUCUCAAUCCUGACCACUGAGGCAGAAUACCAGAACAAAAUUAGGAGAGCAGUCCUAAGCCAUGACCAAAGGUGAAUCUAAUUGUUUUAACAAUUAAAUGUUGGUCUUAUUUUCAUUCACAUCAUGUUCUUCCAUGCCUCAGAUGCCAGCGGUAGCCUCAGAGGACAUGAAAAAGGUGCUGGGCAUUCAAGAGGAACAUUGUAUUACCCUGUAGAUUCUUUGGAAGGCCCAUAAGUAGAAACUUUCAGUGCAACUUUAAGGGAUAAUACUUAACAGGCUUCUGCCUAGUCAUACUUUUCCAUUAUAGUCAACCCCAUCCCCAAGGCUUUACAUGAAAUAUUAACAUAGUCUCUUCUAUCCGAAUGGCAGUGUCAACCUGUGUAACCUUGCCCUGCCUUAAAUACUCAUGCAAAAAAUACCAAACCUUGCUUUAAAGCAGCAUAGUUAUAGUGUGAGAGGGUCUUAUUUAGGGAGGUCCAACACAAAGACUUUUCUCCUUCUGAAGCUGGUAGUUAACAUGCCUCCUGAUACCAUGUGCUAUCUUAAGCUGUCCCUUCCUUCAGUCAACUGGAAGAGGCAAAAGGGGUGCAGGGUUGUCACUGGGAAUAGAAGGACAGGCUGAGGGGGAACCAGGAGUCUGCCUCCAGGAUUUGAUAGGGAAAGAGUCAGCAAACUUUUUCUGUAAAGGGCUGGAUGGUUUAAUUUAGGCUCUGCAAGCCAGACAGUCUGAAAGUUGCAAAUACUCCCUUCUCCUGCUGUGGCAGGAAGUGGGCCAUACACGGACAAAGAGGCAUGGCUGUGUUCCAAUAAAACUUUAUUCACAGAACAGGCCACAUGUCAGAUUUGGCCCAUGGACUGCAGCUUGCUGAUCUCUAUGAUAGCCCAUUGCCAUGUCCAUUUCAGAUGGGAAAUCUCUCUCUGGCACGCAGUGGUCCUCCUUUUUGAAGAAUGAGAAAGAGUGGGGGGAUUAUUUUUAACAAGUAAAUAAUAAAAUGCAAAAUAACUUCCCCCCCAAAAAAACUAUAUGUAGACUUUCUAUUAUGGCAAAAGCACAAAACAGGUCACCUCUCUUUGUAGAUUUGCCAGAGUCUUGCUUUUUCCUUUGGAUCUUCUCAUUUUUGUUCCCAAAACAGAAUCUCAAGUGAUGUUGCCUCGUUCCAAGUCAGUUUUGUAGACCACGUAACAUGUCUUAAUAAUACACUGUAUGGGGAAAAAUAAAACGUUAGCCUUAGAUUUCUUUGUUUUCUAUGGUUACUGUUGUACAGAAGAAAGACUUAAACUGUAAAUAAUGUAUAUUUAAUAAAGAGAGAAUUUUGUAUGAUUUUGUGUGGAA